GCGUGUGGCCCGGGUGUUGUUGCUCUGUCGGUAGGCUACUGCGCUUCCAUGUAACCGGAUUGUUGUAGGAAACAUUGAUGAGGCGAACUUUUUCAGAGGGGAAGCCGGCGGAUGUAUGUACCUUAAUCAACGUGCACGACCUUCCCUCUGCUAAGUUUGUAGGCUAUGCUCUGUUGUUGGCCCGAGUCCCGGGUAUGUGAGCGAAUCACUGCCCCCGAAUAAAGACACUGAGAGGCAACGCUCAGUUGUAAAACCCGCCCUCCCCUAAGUUCUCAUUCCUACUAAGUCCUCCCCCAAUUCUACUUCUCCGUUGCCUGAGAAUUUUUAGUUUGACACAUCCACUCACCCCAUCCCAGAAACAUGGGUCCGCUAAGGAGGUGGUUAAUUCUGCUAUCAAGCCUUCGUCUGUUACUGACGAUUGCAGUGGAGGUGGAGACGAGUUACUAUGUUGACCCCGCAGAAACCGCAGACACAAUCAACUACAAGGACCCAUGCAAAGCUGCUGCCUUUCUGGGUGACAUUGCACUUGAUGAGGAGGACCUGCGUAUGUUUAGAGUGGAAGGUGUCCUGACAGUAAACAACACUCAAUCAGGGAAUGGGUCAACCAGCGCUGACCAGAGCCGGAAUGUUGCUGGUCGCCUGUCCCGAAGACGAAGGGCAGCGACGUCCAGGCCCGAGAGGGUGUGGCCAGAUGCUGUCAUUCCAUACGUCAUCAGUGGAAACUUCAGCGGCAGCCAACGGGCCAUCUUCAAGCAGGCCAUGCGUCACUGGGAGAGGCACACGUGUGUCACCUUCAUCGAGAGGAGCACAGAGGAGAGCUACAUUGUCUUCACAUACCUGCCCUGCGGGUGCUGUUCCUACGUGGGGAAGCGGGGUGGAGGCCCUCAGGCCAUUUCCAUUGGAAAGAACUGUGACAAAUUCGGUAUUGUGGUGCACGAGCUGGGCCAUGUUAUUGGCUUCUGGCAUGAACACACACGCCCGGACCGAGACGACCACGUAGCGAUCUUCAGAGACAACAUCCAGCAAGGUCAGGAGUACAACUUCCUGAAGAUGGAGCAAGGUGAAGUGGACUCGCUUGGAGAGAACUACGACUUUGACAGCAUCAUGCACUAUGCUAGGAACACCUUCUCCAGGGGUAUAUUCCUGGAUACCCUCCUACCUCGUUACGACUUCAAUGGCGUGAGACCCCCCAUCGGCCAGAGGACCAGACUGAGUGCAGGGGAUGUAGCACAAGCACGUAAACUCUACAGAUGCCCCACCUGCGGUGAGAGUCUUCAGGACAGCACAGGGAAUCUCUCCUCUCCAGGGUUCCCCGACAGCUACGCAGCCUACGCUCACUGCGUCUGGAGGAUAUCUGUCACACCCGGAGAGAAAAUCGUUUUGAACUUUACGUCCAUGGACUUGUACAGGAGUCAUUUGUGUUGGUAUGACCAUGUGGAGAUCCGUGAUGGCCACUGGAAAAACUCCCCUCUGAAAGGUCGUUUCUGUGGAGACACACUUCCUGAGACCAUCAUCUCGACUGAUAGCCGACUCUGGAUAGAAUUCCGGAGCAGCAGCAACUGGGUUGGAAAGGGCUUCGCCAUCACUUAUGAAGCAAUCUGUGGUGGCGAAAUCACACGUGACAGGGGCCAGAUCCAGUCGCCCAAUUACCCUGACGACUACCGUCCCCAUAAGGUCUGUGUGUGGAAGGUCACUGUCACCGAGGGCUUCCAUGUUGGACUCAGCUUUCAGUCUUUUGAGAUUGAAAGGCAUGACAGCUGCGCCUAUGACUACCUGGAAGUGCGAGACGGAAACUCAGAGGCCAGCCCGCUGCUCGGACGCUUCUGUGGAUACCAGAAACCAGAUAACAUCAAGACCAGCUCCAACCAGCUGUGGCUCAAGUUUGUUUCGGACGGAUCCGUCAACAAGGCCGGCUUCUCAGCCACUUUCUUCAAGGAGAUUGACGAGUGCAGCAGCCCUGAGCGAGGAGGAUGUGGGCAGCGGUGCCUGAACACUCUGGGCAGCUACCACUGCGCCUGUGACCCCGGCUAUGAGCUCGCCUCUGACAAGAGGAGCUGUGAGGCGGCUACGUGUGGCGGCCUCAUCACCAAGCUCAACGGCUCCUUCUCCAGCCCCAGCUGGCCCAAAGAGUACCCCCCCAACAAGAACUGCGUCUGGCAGCUGGAGGCCCCACCACAGUACCGCAUCACCCUGCUGUUUGAAGCCUUUGAGACGGAGGGCAACGACGUGUGUAAGUAUGACUAUGUGGAGGUGCGGAGCGGGCUGUCCUCAGACUCUAAGCUCCACGGCAGGUUUUGUGGAAGUGAAAAGCCAGAGCCAAUCACCUCCCAGUUAAACAACAUGCGGAUUGAGUUCAAGACCGACAACACCGUCUCCAAAAAGGGCUUCAAGGCUCAGUUCUUCUUUGACAAAGACGAGUGCUCCAAAGAGAACGGUGGUUGUCAGCACGAGUGUGUGAACACCUACGGGAGCUACACCUGCCAGUGUCGUAGUGGCUUUGUGCUACACAAUAAUAAGCAUGACUGCAAAGAGGCGGGAUGUGACCUUACGCUGAACAGCGUCACUGGCACCAUCACUAGCCCUAACUGGCCCGAUAAGUACCCCAGCAAGAAGGCCUGCACCUGGGCCCUCGCCACCACCCCCGGCCACCGCGUCAAACUGGCCUUCGCUGAGCUUGAUGUGGAGGCCCACCCUGAGUGUGCAUAUGACCACCUGGAGAUUUACGACGGCCGUGACGGGAGGGCGCCCAGUUUUGGACGCUUCUGCGGCUCCAAAAAGCCCUCACCCAUCGUCUCCAGCGGCAACCGGAUGUUCCUGCGCUUCUUCUCUGACAACUCUGUUCAGAAGAGGGGCUUUGAGGCCACACACACCUCAGAGUGUGGAGGUAAUCUGAAGGCGGAGGUGAAGACCAAAGACCUGUACUCCCACGCCCAGUACGGAGACAAUAACUACCCCGGGGCGUGUGACUGCCUGUGGAUGAUCUCUGCGGAGAAGGGCUACGGCGUGGAGCUCAUCUUCCAGACCUUUGAGAUCGAGGAGGAGGCAGACUGCGGCUACGACUACAUGGAGCUCUUCGAUGGCGCUGACGUCAAGGCCCCCAAACUGGGCCGCUACUGCGGAUCUGGGCCUCCAGAAGAGAUUUACUCGGCCGGUGACGCCAUCGUCAUCAAGUUCCACUCAGAUGACACCAUCAGUAAGAAAGGCUUCCACCUGCGUUACACCAGCACCAAGUUUCAGGACACACUGCACACCAGCAAGUGACCGCUCUCGCAACACACUCACAAACACCCACACACACAAAUACAUACACGCACACGCACACACUCGUACAUAUACCCACACACACACACCUUACGUAUUUCAUGGAGCAGGAGAGGAGAUGACUUCUCAUUGUUCGGACCCCCCAGGACACCCGGGGGGAGUUGUUCCAUGGACCGUGGUUAUCCCUAUCCCCCUCCCCCAUCCAAAAGCAGCCUCUGGCCUUAUGUACCUCGCUUUGGGAUUGUGUGAAGCAAAGCCAAGGCACUGGACACCUCAUUUUUCAUUUUUUUUU